CAACCACUUCUUCUGCUUUAAUUUUUACAUCUUUGAUUUUUCAAUUUUUCUUUUGAUUGAAAUUAAACCUCACCUUCACUUUUAUACAUACAUACUUAACUCUAUCAUGACUUCCACUGGCGAUCACAGCAAACCAACAGUGUUAAUCUUAGGUGGUUUACAAGAUGGUCAUGCUCGAGCUUUACUUCCUUUUCUCGUCCCUGCAGCUCCUGCUGAACCUUUAGUCAGACACGUUCGAUUGGUCGACAAAUACUUGUGCUUACCAGAGGAUGAUGCUUACACCACUUAUGUUGAUAAGGAAUCCCAAAGAGUUUUGAAAGAUGCAGCUACAAAGGGUGUGGAAUACAUGCAAGCUAACUUGUUGGUGGCUACUUCACGUACCAAGGCUUUCACGCUUCCAGAGGCUUAUCGAGAUCCUACUUCAUCUUCUUCUACGACACCUUCUUACGAUUUUGUGUUUGAUUUUACGGGCGAGACUGAUUAUAAUGUCGAAGAAGGUGUACACAUCGAACGUACUGCUCGACUCUUACCAGAAUUAGGUCGAAUCGCAGCUGAGUGUCAAGUGAAGGCUUAUGUACGAGAAUUGCCGCCCCUUUAUCAUAGUGAUAAUAAAAAACCAAUCAAGGAGGGUGAGGGAAAGCCAUUCAGCAUGCGUUCUAAAUGGAUUCAUGAAGGUGUGCGUGCAAUGGCGGCUUUACCUACCUUGAACCUCGUGAUCGCUCGCCCUGCCUUAUUGUAUGGCCCGUACAUGGUUGAUGGAUAUGCCCCGAGACUUUUGAUUGGCGAAAUCUAUAAGUACAUUGGCGAACGAAUGGAACACCUUUGGUCAGCUGAUCUUCGGUUGCAUACUCUCCAUUCUCAUGACCUUGCGUCUGGGCUUUGGGCUCUUGCACAGUGGAUGGCCAAAUCUGGACGAAGCGACGCUGUCUCAGAUCCGAUCCCUUGUCUCUUACCUUCUUCAGAGAAGGUACCAGAGGGUAUGCCAGCCCGAGACGCAGUGGUAACGGCACCGAUGUUCAAUUUGGUCGACGAUGGCGAUACAACCCAAGGCAUGAUGGCUACUAUGGCCGGAAAUGUCGUGGGCGUGAAGACAGGGUUCUAUGGAAAGAUCAUCAACCAGUUUGCUAAACUCAAUAUGGUUGACGUCAUUGAAGAUGUGAAUGAAAAACACUUUGCACCAUGGCCUGAGAUGCUGUCGAAAUCAACUCCACCUAUCGUCAACACUCCUUUUACGCCCACUUUACCAGUCGCCCUCUUGUCUAAACAUCACAUUGCGCUAGAUGGUACAAAGGUCAAAAAGGUUGUCGGUUGGACUCCGAAAUACACAGCGAUGACUGAGGAAGUAAUCAAAGACCAAAUUGAAAAGUUUAAAGAGGAAGGCGUUUGGCCUAAUGCUUCACCACGAUCGAAGUAGACUUGUGUGUGGUUUUACAGGAAUUUAAUCCAUUUCAUUAUUGUUCAUUGUCUUGAAGAUGUUUGGAACAUCUUUUGUGAUAAAUAAAGCAUAAAGACAAACUUUUUUUUACUCUAUCCCUAUCAUUCUUUUUUCUCUUUUAAGAUUAUUUAUUUUUGAUCCUCUGUCUUUCUAGGUCUAUAUAUAUAAACAUCCUAAUCUUUUGUCUUUUUGUUUUUUUCUUUGUUUUCUUCGUCUGUCCUUGAUUAUGAUCACCAUGUUGUGUUGGGUUAUUCUUGUGAAGAUUUGGUUAAAGUUUAGGGUUUUGAAAGCUUUUUAUUUUUUGGGUGGGAUUUUAUUGAAUCAGUCCAUGCAGAAAGAAAUUUAGAAUGUGUUGUACUUUGAUCGUUGAGAAGUUAUAUAAUUUGAUGUCAUUUUUUAUUUGAUCAUCUUGCUGAUUAUUAUCAUCUGUGAUAUCAAACAUAUCAUCUCUAUGUGGUGCAAGAUUACUUGUAUGUACUUCCAGGCCCAUCUUGGGAAUUGAUCAAAUGACCUUAUU